CCAGACCUCAUAUACAUUGGUCUUACAUUAGUUUACUUUGCAAACAAGUUUCCUAUUCCUUUAAAUUGUGAAGAUUAAACAAAGAUAUGGAUACCAACAGAAAUAAGCAAGAUAUGGAAGGUUCUACAUCAACCUACACAUCUUCAGGGAUCAAUGAGAAGGUGCAGACAUUCAGCCUGAAACGGGAGGUGGGUUUGGUCAGUGCCGUGUCCCUGAUAGCGGGCACGAUGAUCGGAUCAGGAAUUUUCAUGUCCCCCCAGUGGGUGCUGUACAAUAUCGGAAGUCCAGGAGGAAGCUUGGUGAUCUGGGCAGCGUGUGGUGUCCUGGCUAUGCUGGGGUCUCUCUGCUAUGCAGAGCUGGGGACUGUCAUUCGGGAAUCGGGAGGGGAGUACAUCUAUAUUCUCCGGACGUCAGGGCCUCUGCCAGCCUUCCUUCUCGCCUUCACCGCCACGUUUGCAGUGAGGCCAGCCAGCAUUACAGGAAUAUCCCUGAGCUUUGCAGAGUACGCUGUGGCCCCCUUUUAUCAGGGCUGCUACCCACCUCAGCUGGUGGUCAAGAGUGUGGCUGCUGCCUGUAUACUGACACUAGCAAUUGUGAACUGCCUCAAUGUUCGGUUCUCAAUGUCCAUCCAAGUCAUCUUCACAGUGGCCAAGGUGCUGGCCCUGUUGGUGAUCGUGAUCGGAGGAGUGCUGCUGCUCUUUAGAGGACACACAGACAGCUUCCACAAGGCAUUUGAAGGCACAAUAGUUGGUAUGAACCCCAUAGGAAAGGCUUUUUAUCAAGGUCUGUGGUCCUAUGAUGGGUGGAACAAUCUGAAUUAUGUAAUCGAGGAACUGAAACGCCCUGAGGUGAAUCUGCCACGAGCUAUGAUAUUAGCCGUCCCCAUGGUAACAGUGCUCUACCUGCUGGUAAAUGUCAGCUACCUGGCUGCCAUGACUCCCAGAGAACUCAUGUCUUCCAACGCUGUGGCUGUCACAUGGGGGACCAAAGUGCUCGGCAGCUGGGCUUGGCUGAUGUCAGUGGCUGCUGCGCUGUCUGCUUUUGGAUGUCUCAACGGGAGUCUCUUCAGUGGAGGCCGAGUGUGCUUUGUGACAGCAAGAGAAGGACAUAUGCCGGACAUCCUGGCGAUGGCUCACGCCCGACGCCUGACUCCUUCCCCUGCUAUCAUUUUUAACACAGUGAUAGCAUUAGUGGUGCUGAUACCUGGAGAUUUUCAGAGCAUCGUUAACUAUACCAGCUUCAUGGGCUGGAUCUUUAAUGGGACAACACUGGCCGGACUUCUGUAUUUAAAGAUUAAAAAACAGAACAUCCACAGUACUUACAAGGUCCCAUUUAUCAUUCCAGUCGUGAUGUUAAUUGCUGCAGUCCUUCUGGUCUUGGCCCCAAUCGUUGACAAUCCUCAAAUUGAAUACCUGUAUGUCAGCCUUUUCAUUAUCGUUGGUAUUCUCAUCUAUAUUCCUUUUAUACACUUCAAGCUUUUUCCAGGAGUUUUUAAUAAAGCAACUGUGGUUUUACAGCUUUUCCUUGAAGUUGCCCCCGUUGACAAAAAUAUAUAGUAGAUGUUGCUGUACUACAGUUCAUCAACAGGCCAGUCAGAUGUGUAACACCACUCCAUGACAUCCUGAGAUAAUAUAUGGACAGUCUGCUCCUCACAUUUAUGACAAACCUGUAGCAGGGAUUCUAGUAAACCUGAGGAGUUAGGUGUCUCUUCAUUUUACAGGAGUAGGGUCCUCCACCAAAGUAGCUACUCUGGAACCAGGAACCAGGAAGUUCCCUGAAAUAGGCCGUGGGGAGCAUUGACCUGUUCAUAGACUAUAAAAAUCAUAUUGAUUAAUCAUUAGGAGACUGACAGUCUGACCCAACAUCCUAGAGUUGAAACAGAGAAAUGGAUGUUAAGUCCAAUAUAGUACCUGCUUAUGGUCUACGUAUGGAUAGCUGAAGCUGAUGUUUCUCAGAAGUGUCCAGUUUCUGUGCUUAUCAAUGUCUUAUCAACUCUGGGGUAAGGUUUAGGGCGACCUUGUCUUGAGACAGAGAGACCGCCUCAGCCAGUUGUGCAGCUGGAGUCUGGUAUAAAUUCUGGGCAUCAGGAAGUAUUUUCUGGGGAAGUCAUCCUGUAGUUGAAGGGGUUUGACCUAUUGAACAGAAGCUGUUUUUGCAAACAUGUUACUGUGAGGAGCCAUGAGGUGAACUGUGAACCAUCAUCACUAUAACUCCUAUAAAAUGAGAUGAUUUGAGAUGACACUGCAGCAUGGCCAAACUGGAUGAUACUGAUCAUCCAGGUGGAUAGGGUACAAUUUUAGCAAUGGAUGAUGUGAUGAAGUCAAAAGGAGUGCUGUGUUAGUUGUUUACACUCCCUUCCGGGAUGGUUACAAAGCCCUCCCCCGACCUUUUUUCGGCAAAUCUUUUAAAAAAUUCAAACCACACAAGGCUCCUGGCCCUGAUGCUAUCCCUGGCCUUGUUCUGAAGGCAUGUGCAGACGAGCUGGCAGAUGUCUUCUCAGACAUAUUCAAUCUUUCUCUAGCUUAGUCUAUAGUUCCUUCCUGCUUUAAGAAAACCACCAUCGUCUCAGUCCCUAAGAAACCCAGAGUCAGCUGCACUCACA